AUGUCAAGUGAAACUAUUGCCAAAGAUGCUAACCUUUCUUUCUCAAAAUUAAAAACACUUUCCAAUGAAGAAAGAUCACAGGCAUUACAAGAAAUUUACAACACCUUAAAAGAAAAUAAGUCACAGAUCCUCCAAGCUAAUGAAAUCGAUUUGAAAAAUGCUGAAACUCAAAAUUUAUCAUCAUCACUUAUCAAGAGACUUGAUUUAUCAAAGGGUGGAAAAUUUGAUUCUAUGCUUCAAGGAAUAUUAGAUGUUGCAAAUUUACCAGAUCCAGUAGGAAAAAUUACAUUAGCUAAAAAAUUAGAUGAUGGAUUAAACCUUUAUAGAGUUACUGCACCAAUUGGAGUUUUAUUAAUUAUUUUUGAAAGUAGACCAGAAGUUAUUGCAAAUAUUACCGCAUUAGCAGUUAAAUCAGGAAAUUCUGCAAUUUUGAAAGGUGGUAAAGAAUCGUAUCAAACAUUCAAAGUUAUGAGUGGAAUUGUAAAUAAAGCAUUAUCAAAUACUAAAGUUCCAUCAAAAGCUAUUCAAUUAAUCGAAAGUAGAGAGGAUGUUGCAGAUUUAUUAAAUCAGGAUAAAUACAUAGAUUUGGUAAUUCCAAGAGGAUCAAAUGAAUUAGUGCGUCAUAUAAAAUCAAAUACAAAAAUUCCAGUAUUAGGUCAUGCUGAUGGUAUAUGCUCAAUUUAUGUUGAUUCAAAUUAUGAUAUAGUAAAAGCUAAAAGAAUUAUUGUUGAUUCUAAAACAAAUUAUCCAGCUGGGUGUAAUGCUGUGGAACAAUUACUAAUCAAUAAAAAUAUUCCAGAAGAAGAACAGAGAGAAAUUUUACAGACAUUGAUCGAUAACAAAGUUACAGCUCAUGUUACCCCAGAUUUAAAACUUAUAGAGUCAGAAUAUGUAAAAGAUGCUAAAGAUGACUCAUUUGAUAAAGAAUAUCUUUCAUUUGAUAUAUCCGUGAAAUUAGUAGAUGAUGCUGAUGAAGCUAUUAAACAUAUAAAUGAACAUUCAUCAAAACAUACUGAAUGUAUAAUAACGGAAGAUGAACCAACUGCCAACAAGUUCUUAAAAAGUAUAGAUUCAGCCGGUAUUUACUGGAAUGCUUCAACAAGAUUCGCUGAUGGUUUCAGAAGGUUUAAUGAGUUAUCAAUAUCAAUUAAAGGGUGA